AUGACGGCCCUCACUACAAGGCCCGAGAUUGUCUGGUCCGAUACUUGUCACUGCACUAGUGAGGCUUAUUCUGCCCUGGUUCACUUUGCACUCGGUCCUGUCCACAGAUUGCUUCGUGAGUCCGGUCACCGAGAGCUUCAGCCCAUGGCUUAUCUCGGUUGCCCUUUUUUACACCCCAGAAGGCAGACAGCAUCAUCCACACUUAGCCUUGGAUACGUUGCCUCUAGUCUUGGCUUGCUGACUCGUGCUCUUACCAGCUUGAUGUGCCGACAUGGUGAGGACGGCUUCCAGACGAGCACGGAUCGCUUACCCGGCUUUUUUCACCUGGUUGCUGAGCUGGUCAAGUGGGCACGCUGGCAACGCUCGGAAUCGUGCCCAUUCUAUCCUUUGACAUCUACAGACAGCGUGCCUCGAGAGCAGAAUUUGUCUGGUCCCAUUAUGGAUAGAUCUGUGUUUUGUCCCAUCAGCCUAGACUUAAUAGAUGAUCUGGUUGAUUUUGACCUGGCCCAAUCGGACCUAUAUGGAAUGAAGGAAAUCUGA